AACCAAAAAUAGAAGAAGAAGAAGAAGAGGAGACGGAACAACAUCAUCCCAGCAGCAGCAGAAGAAGAGCGCUAGCUGUUAGCUUGCCAGGCAAACGCAAUUUGUCAAAUGUCUGCCUAAGCUUCCGUGUGGGUGUCGCAGGAAUCAUAUGCGGCGAAAGAGAGGGGAGGGCAUAUUAACCAGCUCCUGACGCAGACCGAGCCCUCUUUUUAAAGACAUGGAGAAACGACUGCAUUUGAACCUGUUAGCCUCCAGACCUCCUAUGGCAGGUGGUUUUCAGUCCGGCUCCAAAAUGAAAAUGGGACCUGGAAGGAAGAAAGAUUUCUCCCCCCUGGCCUGGAGUCAGUACUUUGAAACCAUGGAGGAUGUUGAGGUUGAAAAUGAAAAUGGCAAAAAUAUUUUCAGAAUUUACUGCAGUGGCUCCCAUGGUCCUGUGCUGCUCCUGCUCCACGGAGGAGGCCACUCUGCACUUUCCUGGGCAGUGUUUACUGCCGUCAUAUACAGCAGGAUCAACUGCAGGGUGGUGGCUAUGGACCUUCGGGGUCAUGGCGACACCAAAGUGAAAAAUCCUGAAGAUCUUUCGGCAGACACGAUGGCCAAGGACAUUGGCAAAGUGGUGGAGGCACUCUAUGGAGAGAACCCACCUCCAAUCAUGAUCAUUGGACACAGUAUGGGUGGAGCCAUUGCAGUUCACACAGCCGCAGCUAAUCAUGUACCAUCCCUGCUUGGUCUCUGUGUCAUUGACGUUGUGGAGGGUACAGCAAUGGAUGCUUUGAACAGUAUGCAGAAUUUCCUCAGAAGUCGUCCAAAGACGUUUAAAUCUCUGGAGAAUGCCAUUGAAUGGAGUGUGAAGAGCGGCCAGAUCAGAAACAUCGAGUCAGCGCGGGUGUCAAUGGGCGGCCAAGUAAAAAAAUGUGAAGAAUCCACCAGCAGUCCAGGCGUCCCCAACAGCAUUGGUGAAGGUAUUAUAGAAGAAGAGGAGGAUGAAGAAGUGGAAGAACAAUCCAACAAGAAAAGAAUGAAGGAAGACGACCAAGAGACUAAGAAGGAGAGCAUCUUUACCUGGCGAGUUGAACUUUCAAAGACAGAAAAAUAUUGGGACGGCUGGUUCAGAGGUCUGUCCGCACUCUUCCUCACCUGCUCUGUGCCAAAGCUGCUCCUGCUCGCAGGAGUAGACAGGCUUGACAAAGACCUUACUAUUGGACAGAUGCAAGGAAAAUUUCAGAUGCAGGUCCUCCCCCAGUGUGGCCAUGCGGUUCAUGAGGACGCACCAGAGAAAGUAGCAGAUGCUAUAGCAACAUUUAUGGUCCGGCACAAAUUCACUGAGUUUAAGGAAGGGUAUCUGUGCUAAUUUCCUGUUUUCAGCCUAAACAUAGCCAGCAGUCAUAGAAGAAAUGUUUCAAGAUUCAUCAUUGUCCAAUUUAACAGCAAAUUAAGGAAAAUAUAACAUUAUUAUUAUUAUUAGUAGUAUUAUUAUCAUUAUUAUUAUUAUUAUUAUUAUUGUGCUUUUGUUAUGUAGAUAUAUUUUGCCUUUCAGCUUUGCCUUAUUUUUAUUUUUAAAAUAUUUGAACUGUACUUUUCCUUUACUACAUAUAUUUUUUUAAUUUCUGAGAUACCAUGCUCUCCUUGUGAAAGAGGUCCAUUUAGUAGGAUUUAGUCUAGUGAUGAAGUUACGGAGUACCAACGAUGGCGGCCAAUAACACGAAAGUCCCUCUCUAGAGUUGGUGUCUGGUUCAUUCGUUCAGGCCUACUGCAGAAACAAGGUGCAAUAAGGUGCAGUUUGUGGAAAAGGACCAGCUCCCUGUGGAUCUGAAAGGUUCACUCUAAGCAAAAACUAUUUGUUGUUACACUACUUAUGAAAACAGUAUACUAAAUUUGAUUUUGGCUUAUUGAUUUAUCAAAAUCCUACUCACUGGACCUUGAAUGUUUUGUUUUGAGUGAUUGCAUCAUUGUUAAUGUGUUUGUAAGGUUUGAAUUUAAACUAUGAUUAAAGAUGGAUGCGGCCAACAAUGCCAACCAAGUUU